UAUAUAAAGCAGGAUCGGUGAACAAUAUCAGCAGAAUUUUGAAAAGUUAUUAUCAUAUAAAGGAGGGCAAAAUAUUAUUUACCUUAAAUAUGAAUACUAGUUUAAAAGAAGAAUACAGUCAACUCGUAAAGGAUAUCGGCAAGGGAGGGGAAUGGACACCGGAGCGUAUAGACAUCUAUCAAAGAGCUAUGGCUUAUAAAGCGUCGCAGGAGGCAUUGCGUCAUGAGUUCGUCAACGGAAUACUUCCGUCUGUGAGAGAUGACUUUCGGAACCAGGUUCUUGAACGGCACAACCAAUUAAGAAACUUACACAGUAAUACCAAUGGGGUCACUUUAAAUGUACAACUUCAAGAAGAGGCACAAGCUUGGGCAAACAAACUCGCUGCAGACAACUCUGGACUUCUCCAUGACGAUAAUCGCAAUGGAGCUGGGGAAAACUUGUACUUUAUGAACAACAGCCUUAUGUUUUCUCCAACUGGUGCAGAAACAACGGAUGUUUGGUACAAAGAAUAUAAGAACUAUAACUUCAUUACAGGGCAGAGUACUAAUGGGCAACCUAUUGGCCAUUUCACGCAAGUUGUGUGGAAAGCAACCACCGAAAUAGGAGCUGGCAUUGCAUCCGACAGCCAUGGAAAAUAUUACGUUUGUGUCAGGUAUCGAACAGCGGGAAACACGCAGGGCCAAUAUGUGGAUAAUGUGAUGACAACAAAACCCGGCGCACAGCUCCCAGCUUAGACUUGAACAAAACAUUGCAUGUAUUUUUCCUAUUUACAUAAUCGGACCUAAUAUACACGUUAAAAACUCCUAUGCAGAC